GCCGACCCUGGUUGCCGUGGAGACUGGACGGUUGUCAAGGCGGUGAUUGGCUGGUGAGGACGCAGGAUGUGGGAUCCCAGGCUUCCUUGGAGCGGCAGCUUCCAGACCGCACUGCGGAGCCCGGCGCCAGCAUGGAUGGGGUGGACGUGUGGGCCAGCACCCUGGCCCAGCUGAUGGCCAAGAGGAGACCCCAGGACACCUGGGAGCUGGUCCCUGAGGAGAACCUGGCCUCCGGGCACACGGAGGGCGGCGGUUUUCAAUACCGGCUGAGGGGGCUUUCCAGGCUCCAGUGUGGCCGCUGCCAGUGGGGCUGGUCCUCGGCCCACGUGCACAUUCUCUUCCACACAUGCUUGGACGAGGGCAGCCGCCUGGGGCUGGUGAAGAUGCGCAUCUGGGGCCAACAGUGCAGGCUGUGCCCACCGGGCGCGCAGGGACAUUGCCAGGUGAGCCUUCUGAAUGUCCGGCUCUUCCUCAACAAGCUAGUCCUGUUCAUCCUGCAGAAGUGCUAUGGCGAGAGCCUCGGCUCAGACCAGUGCCCCGAGAUCUGCUUUGGUGAGCGCUGCGAGGCCUGCGACCUGGGCGUCUGCUUCUUCCAGAAGCCCCCAGACCCAGCCUGGGGGCCCGAGGUCAAGAGCCCCACCACCAUCAAGGGCAGGUACACCUUGUACGGCGGCGGCGGCUUGGCCAGCACCGCCGCCGGCAAGCAGCUGCUCACCCUCGGCAGUGGGCCCGUGGUCGACCGCGCCAGGGGCUACACCCCCAACUCCAUCACCAUCCCCCUCUCCGUGGCCGACUUCAUCAGGAACCCGAUUUCCGAGAGCAGCAACUUCUUCAGCCAGGAUGAUGACAUCGUCACUGUCCCCUUCUCCCUUGUGGAUGCGGGGAGGGGCAAGGGGCCCGCCGCUGGGGCCGAGGGCCGUGUCAGCCCAGGGUCGGGCUCCCUCCCAGCGGCUGACCCCGGCGGGCCCCUCGUCAUCGGCAAGGGCUCCAUCUACCUGCCGGCCAGUUCCACAGCCACGCCCAAGGGCAGAGGCCUCCUGGUGAACAUCAAAUGCCCCAUCUCCCAUGGCCGAGGCCUCCUCAUCAGCAGCAUCAAGCCCUUCGAGCUGAAAGGCUUCAUCUUCAAAGGCCGGGGCUCCGUCCCCAGCUCCGCCGGAAAUGGCCCACUGCCGGUGUCCUACAUCAUUGGCCUCACGGGUGACGGAGAGGGCUCCAUCACCUUCCCCUCGUCUUUGGCGAACGUCAUCAGAGACGACUCCUUCCCCAACAUCAACGGCUCCGUCACCUUCCCCUUCAUCUUCACUGACGAAGACAAAGGCAAGAAUGCUUCUGCCAACACCACCCAAGGCACAGAGAAGGGUGGCGGUGAUGGCCCUGCCCCUGCUGGCCGUGAGCCCCUUCCGGGGACCCGCGCCCGUAGACCCGUCACCAUUAGCGAGGGCUCCAUCACCAUCCCCUUCUCCGUCUUCGACAUCAUAAAGUACAAGGGCCCCGGCUCCAUCGCCCGUGGCCGCCGGAGCGGUGGCCUGGCCACGCAGGGCUGUGACAAGAAGAGGGGGCAGCCGGGGGCCGGGCUCGGCAGGGCAGAGGACUUGGGCUGUGACUGCUGUGCACCGCGUUUGGACCCCUACGAAGAAGUGUGGGUCUGGGUGUCCAUGACCGUCUGCAUCCUCUGGAUCAUGUACCUGUACCAGGCCAGCCCCUGACGGCCCGUGCAAGUCUUGACGCCUCCUGGCGGGGCCCCCCCAUAUGCCCCUCCAGCAGGGCCGCCCGGGCAGCCGAGCGGUGGGACCCCCUGCCCCGGCCCGCACCCUGGGCCCCAGGCCACCCCUGCCUGCCCUCCCUAAGCCGAGUGUGGGCCCUCAGCCUUCUCCUCCACCCCCUGCUUCUGUGUGUGUAGUCUCUUGAUGUGAGUUGUGGCUUCAUGGAUGUCCACACCGUGAUUAUCCGCCAAGCUGCCCACGCGUGGUCCAGGCGCUUGUCCGUGUGAGUGUUACAGUCCAAUAAAA